GCCGCCCCCGCCCCCCACGUGACCCGUCCGCUUCCUGCCUCUGAGCAUGGGCAGCGUCCCUCUGUCACCUGGCGGAGGAGGGCCAUGGUGCUGCCGGCCCGUGGCCGAGGCCGAGCGCUGGUGGCCGGCCUGGCUGUCUACUGGAAGCCGCUCUUCGGAGGCCGCCUCCUGCUGCUCACCAACACCCUCAGCUGCGGGGCUCUGCUGGCCGCCGGAGACACCCUGCGCCAGGCCUGGGAGAGGAGGAGGGAGCCCCGCCGCAAGAGGGACCUCGCCCGCACAGCACGGAUGUUUGCAGUCGGCUGCAGCAUGGGGCCCCUGAUGCACUACUGGUACCUUUGGCUGGACCGUGCCUUCCCUGCUGCUGGUCUCAGCGGGAUCAGAUCCGUCCUGAAGAAGGUCUUCAUCGACCAGAUAGUGGCCUCUCCAGCUCUGGGAGUUUGGUAUUUCUUGGGCAUGGGGUCCCUGGAGGGGCAGACUCUGGCUCACAGCUGGCGGGAACUGGAGGACAACUUCUGGGAAUUCUACAAGAUGGACUGGUGCGUCUGGCCUCCAGCACAGCUGGUCAACUUCCUAUACCUCCCCCCCAAGUACCGUGUGAUCUAUAUGAACGUCAUUACACUUGGCUGGGAUACAUACCUCUCCUACCUUAAGCACCGCCCUAAACAGACAGCCCUCAGCAUGGAGGAAGAUCCUGAACCAUGUGCCAUAGAGAUCCAGACCACCAGCUGAAGCACAUUGCAAGGGCUGCAGCUGGAGCCAGGAAGGAAUUCGGUUUGAAGAGGCUUCGGUCUGUCUUCGCUGAAAGGAAGCAGGGCGGAAAUGCAGGACUGAAGCCCCAAGGGACUUGUGACCGGGGGUAGCCACUUCCAACCUGACAAGUAGCAAAAUUUGGUCAGCUUCAGCCUGGGUCUCUCUGUUGGCCCAGAUGGGGUGUGGACGGAAUCAAGUCAAGGUCCAACUAAUUCUGUUUUUUGUGGCAUAAUUUAUUUGUGAGUGGAUGAUGGAGUCAGACGUGCCAAAUCUUUGAUUUUACAAAAUAAAGACAAACGUGAUUGCCUUUU